AUGACCAUCGGGACGAGGCGAACGUUCGUGUUCUUCUUCAAACGGAAACAAGUGCGGGGCAAUCUAUGCUUCUUCGGCGGGGUCGCGCUCGUAUUCCUCAACUGGGCGGUUAUUGGGAUGGGAUUUCAGGUGGUUGGUUUUCUCAACCUGUUCGGGCCUUUCAUUCCCAUCGCGGUCCAAGCAUUGCGAGCAACGCCCGUGGUCGGCAACCUCCUCAACCUUCCGGUUGUUUCCGCGUUGGUGGACAAGCUCGCGGGCUCUAGCAGUAGGGGGAGACGAGCGCCUGUGUAGUAACGUAGAUUACUGUAAGUUUGUGUGGAAGGGGCGCCUACUACGUGUAGCGAUAUUGUUGGGUGUGUGUUGAUGGUGUACUUCUUUUUUUUAACGCUUUAGUUGGUUUUUGCGUGCCCAGCUUGUGCGACAUUUUUGUGGCAGCGAACAAAGUGGAGAUUUUGGUCAUGUGUUGUGCAUAGUCUUCGUUCGGCCAAUGAUAAUUUUCGCGUAUUGCUUACUCUUUUAUGUAGUGUUUUAUGAAACUCUUCAU